AGUUUCUCCAGAGGAGAGACAAGGGCCAGCGAGAUGAAGAUUCUGCCGCUGAGCCUUGUACUUGGUCUCGUUUGUGCUGCCCAGUCAACGCGGAUCCCAGCACUGGUUUCAGGAGAGUGGAAAUCCAUUUAUAUGGCAUCCAGUGACAGAGCGAAGAUGAGUGACAACGCGCCAUUCAAGGCUUUUCUCCGUAGAAUUGAUUUUGAGAAUGCAUAUAACAAAAUCACCUUCAAGUUUUUUGUCGUGGUCAAUGGACAAUGCAUAGAAAAAACUUCCGUGGCAAGAAAAAUAGCAGAAAAUGUUUACACUAGUGAUUAUGCAGGUAAAGUUGAAUUCCACAUCCUUCACGCCUCAGACCACGCUCUGGUAGGAUCCCUUACCAACGUGGACACAAAUGGCAAGGUCACUCACAUAACAACGUUGCUUGGCAAAGGAUACUACGUUGAAUGGAACGACAUUGAGAAGUUCAAGAAGGCGACUAGAGAAAAGGGGAUUCCAGAGGACAAUAUUGUGAAUCUCCUCACAGUUGACCACUGUCCUUCACGUUAAUGAAAACAGGGACUUGGACAUCUCCUAAAUGUUAACGUGUCAUUGGGGACCAGGCCUAUCAUCUCUUCUGUGGAAUCAAGACCAAAAAUCUGAAGAAAACAUUUCUUGUUCCUGUCUAACUUCACCCUUCUCACUUCAUGAACAUAUUUGCCUUUCCGUUUCAUCUCUCCCAGUCACCAUUCAUGUCCUGUAUGAUGUUAUUGGAUUUCUCAGUGUUUAAAUAAAUGGAUUUACUAUGUA